UGUUUUCGCGAUUGGUGCGGCGUGCGGCUGUACCACAGAAUAUUUGGCUAAAUUUCUUAUUUUUCCAAUCGAAUCGUUAGAUUGUGCUAUAUCUUAAGCCAAAGAUAUAAGCCAAUUCCUAGUAAAAGUGUAAACGUGUAGGAAAAAGUGUCUCCUGCUACAUUUCAACAUGGGUAGGCCAGGAUUCUCUCCCAGAGGUGGUGGCGAUCGUGGUGGACGAGGCGGACGUGGAGGAUUCGGGGGUGAUCGCGGAGGCUUUGGUGGCCGUGGAGGAGGUUUUGGCGGCGGUGGCGGCCGUGGAGGAGGUGGUGGCGGCCGUGGAGGAGGUGGUGGCGGCCGUGGCUUCGGAGGACGAGGUGGCGGUCGCGGUGGAGGUCGUGGUGGACCGGGUGGCCGUGGUGGUCGUGGAGGUGGCCGGGGCGGUGGAAAGAUGGGUGGCUUUAAGGGUGGUAAAACCGUGGUUAUCGAGCCACAUCGUCAUGAGGGUAUUUUCAUUGCUCGCGGUAAGGAAGACGCGCUGGUUACGCUGAACCUGGUACCCGGAUCCGAAGUCUACGGUGAAAAGCGCAUUUCGGUCGACGUCGAUGGGGGAGAAAAGAAGGAGUACAGAGUGUGGAAUCCAUUCCGAUCAAAGUUGGCUGCCGCCGUGCUGGGUGGAGUAGACAAAAUUCACAUGCCACCCGGUUCCAAGGUCUUAUACCUUGGUGCCGCUUCCGGUACAACGGUCUCGCAUGUGUCGGAUGUGGUCGGCCCGGAAGGGCUAGUCUAUGCGGUGGAGUUCUCGCACCGAUCGGGUCGUGAUCUGUUGAACGUAGCCAAAAAACGCACCAACAUUAUACCUAUUAUCGAGGACGCUCGCCAUCCACACAAGUAUCGUAUGCUGGUCGGAUUGGUCGACACCGUAUUUGCCGACGUUGCCCAACCGGAUCAGGCCCGUAUUGUAGCGCUGAAUGCACACAAUUUCCUCAAAAACGGUGGACACUUCGUCAUUUCAAUUAAGGCAUCAUGCAUCGAUUCGACCGCCGUCCCAGAAGCGGUGUUUGCAGCAGAGGUGAAGAAAUUACAGGCGGAAAAGCUUAAACCGCAGGAACAGAUCACACUCGAACCGUACGAGCGAGACCACGCAGUGGUUGUGGGUGUUUACCGACUGCCACCGAAGAAUGCAGCGUAGUAACGAUCGUUUCGCAGGAUUGGAGUGGACUCUUUCAUAGCUUAUAAGAACUAAUUUUCUACUACAUUUCAACUACAAAAUGUAACAACAUUACUAAGCAAACAAAUAUGUCACUAUAUGUAAAGAAAGUACAUAAAAGAUACAGAAACGAUAGAUCGGUGGUAAUAAUGUCGUUUAACUUUAAUUUUUAUUUUGUUGGAUUUACACCCGAUGCAAGACAGAUUCGAAAAUAAAUAGAGCUAUAUUACAAC